AUGGCCUCUCUUGGCCUCCAACUUGUGGGCUACAUCCUGGGCCUGCUGGGGCUGUUGGGAACCCUGGUUGCCAUGCUACUCCCCAGCUGGCGAACAAGCUCUUACGUCGGUGCCAGCAUCGUGACCGCAGUCGGCUUCUCCAAGGGCCUCUGGAUGGAGUGUGCCACACACAGCACAGGCAUCACCCAGUGUGACAUCUACAGCACCAUGCUGGGCCUGCCUGCUGACAUCCAGGCUGCCCAGGCCAUGAUGGUGACGUCCAGUGCAAUCUCCUCCUUGGCCUGCAUUGUCUCUGUGGUGGGCAUGAGAUGCACAGUCUUCUGCCAAGAGUCCCGAGCCAAAGACAGAGUGGCGGUGGUGGGCGGAGUCUUCUUCAUCCUUGGAGGCCUCCUGGGCUUCAUCCCUGUUGUCUGGAAUCUUCACGGGAUCUUGCGGGACUUCUACUCCCCACUGGUGCCUGACAGCAUGAAAUUUGAGAUCGGAGAGGCUCUUUACUUGGGCAUUAUUUCCUCCCUGUUCUCCCUGGUAGCUGGAAUCAUCCUCUGCUUUUCCUGCUCGCCCCGGGGAAAUCGGUCCAACUACUACGAUGCCUACCAGGCCCAGCCCCUGGCCACUAGGAGCUCUCCAAGGCCUGGUCAACCACCCAAAGGCAAGAGUGAGUUUAACUCCUACAGCCUGACAGGGUAUGUGUGA